UCUCUAUAUAAAAGCUUUAUUUUAACAAUCUAUGCAGAUCUACUAAGAAAAAGUAAAACACUGCAAAACAGAUAACAAGAAUAACAAAGAUAAAAAUGAAAGUGAUACUUGGCGUCCUUUUACUAUUUGUGGUUACACAUGGUUUAGAUGAGCUGCUUGAUGAUUCCGUAACAAACUUAGAACAAGGAGAAUUACUAGCUGUUAUUCCUGAAUUGGCCAAAUCCUACACAAUAUCGUUUAAUUUAAAACCUGAGUCAUAUUCUUAUGGUUUUCAUAGUGUUCUUCAUUUCACCGUUGGUAAUGAUCUUAGUAACUACGGAGACAGAACUCCUGGACUUUGGUUUCAACAGCAUGAUUCUAACUUUACAUUGCUUCACAUUGCUGUGCCUAUAAAUGAAAAUCCUAAUAGACAAAUAUAUAUCGAUGCGCUUCCUCUCAAUGUUUGGACAAACGUUGUCAUUAGUCAGCAGCGUGUUGAUAGCAAAUAUGUUUUGACUAUUGCUCUAAAUAAAACAAAUGUACUUUUUAUAAAUAACAAUAAACCCAGAACAUUUAAAAAUGUUAAGGUUUUUGCAUCAGAUCCCUGGUAUCCACCUCAUAAUGGAUCAAUAAAAAAUGUAAUUCUAGAAAAUGGAGAACCAGGAGAAUCUUUAGGAAGAGCUAUUCCUCCAAAUCCCUAUGCAGCGAUAUACGAUGAAGUUACACUGAAGAAAAAUUAUUUGAUUGGGCUUUUAGGAAAAAUAGAAAGAUCAUUUUUUAUUGAUUUCAAUUUAAAACUCAACAGUUUUUCAAAUGGACAAAGAAGUGUCAUUCAUUUGACUAUAGGAGAGGAUAAUGUAAGAUACGGUGAUCGAAUUCCUGGCAUUUGGAUUUAUAAGAAAAAGUUACGCAUUGCUUUUGAUACAAGUAAUAAAAAAAGUAAAUACUUUGAUUCCCAGCCACUUUCACUACAUCAGUGGAUAAAUAUUAAAACAAACCAAAGUGUUGAGUCAGGAAUUAAUUAUUUUAAUGUAUAUAUUAAUCACAAAAAAGUGUAUGAAGUACAAUACUUAAACGCGCAAAUAUUUAAAAAUGUGCUCGUAUACGCAGGAGAUCCAUGGUAUAAACCCCAGGAUGGCUCCAUCAAAGACUUUCUACUUCGUAGCUCGAACGAAAAUUUCAUUUAUGAAAAGAAAUAAAUUUUGAAAAAAGAAGCCAUACGAAAAAAGACGUUUUGUUUUAUUUUUUUAAGUGUUACAGCUCAUUUUAGUGUUUAAACUUGUAACUUUUACAUAAAGGUAUAUACUUCA